GUGCGUUCUUUAGGCAGAGCGAGCAAAUUCAGCAUAAGGCGGGACCCAUUGCAGGGAAAUUACAGAGUCGCGGUUCGGGCGCGAAACCUCAUUAAACGAUACGGCGAACUCACAGCCGUCAACAGCAUCAAUUUCGACAUAUUAGAGGGUGAGUGUUUCGGCUUCCUCGGACCCAAUGGGGCGGGCAAGACCUCGACAAUGAAGAUGAUGUCGUGCGUCUCACCCGUAAAUGGCGGGGAGCUGGUGGUUCACGGGAUGGAUGUGCGCCGGGACCAGCGCAAAAUCAAGUAUGAGUUGGGCAUCGUGUCGCAGUCGGACAGCCUCGACCCAGAUCUGAGCGUGUUGCAGAACCUGCUGACAUACUGCCGCUACUUCAACAUGCCCCGCAAACUUGCUCAAGAACGCGCAUGGGAGUCGCUGAGGCAGUUUCAACUGGAAGAGAAGGCGCACCACCCGAUAGACGAGCUAUCGGGUGGUAUGCGGCGGAGGCUGCUCAUCGCGCGGGCAAUGCUUCACGACCCCCGGAUUCUUGUGCUCGAUGAGCCGACCACAGGGCUGGACCCGCAGGCGCGGCUGCUUGUGUGGGACAAGCUGGCGAUGCUCAAGUCGCGGGGGAUUACGAUACUGCUGACCACGCAUUACAUGGACGAAGCGGCGCACUUGUGCGACAGGCUGGUGGUGAUCGACCAGGGGAACGUGCUGGUGGAGGGAGCUCCCCGCUCUCUCGUUCAUGAACAUGUCGGCGACCAGGUUGUGGAGUUGCGGGUCAACCCGAUCCACAUGGCGGGCGUGGUACAAAGCCUCACGAGCGAGGGCAUGGAGUUCGAGUACGGCGGUGAUUCGCUGUACUUCUACGGAGACAACGGCGCGGGGCUGCGAGACAAUGCCAGCCUGAACGGAUACGAGAUAAUACAACGCCCCGGCAACCUCGAAGACCUGUUUCUGCGCCUCACGGGUCGUGGGCUGCGCGAAGGAUAA